AUGUCAUCAGAAGGCCACAUGUGUGAACCACCAUCAGCAGUAACACAAUCUGCCUCCCUUUUCCUUCCAACCCCUAUGGUUGCUGAUGCGGCCAAGCGCAUAUGUAGCACCACACUCUUGGCGAACUAUGAUGUUACAGUGCCACAAGUGCACCGGAAACUUGCUGCUACAUUGAGUGAUCACUUGGGUGCCCGUGGGGCAGAUAGUCUUCGUAAACGUAUACUGACGUUCAUGAAGGUGUCUCGAUGUGGAAUUGCUCCCCACCGUUGGAUUCGUGACAGAGGUUGCUUUAAUCUGUCAUUUCACCAAGUAGCCAUCGCAAAUGUCCAUGGUAUUCGAGGCGCAAUGACCGUAGAUGGGUAUUUGGAAAGCCGACCUGUAGACCUCGAGCUGAACUCCGGAUGCAGAGACCAUGAUAGAGGUGUCGCUACCUCACUCUUGCCAUUAUACUAA